UAGUGCAGAGAGUCCAAGCUUGAGGAUGGGAAUCAAAACCUUCACACACAGUUCUCCAACUCACAGCCAAGAAAUGCUUGAAAAAUUGAACGCUUUACGCAACGAAGGACACCUUUGUGAUGUCUCCAUCCGUGUCCAGGAUAAAGUCUUCAUGGCCCACAAGGUGGUCCUUGUAUGUUGCAGUGAGUUCUUCCGCUCUAAACUUCUCAGUCGACCAGAUGAAGAUGACAAAUUUGUAUUGGAUUUACAUCAUGUGACAGUCAGUGGAUUUACGCCUCUGCUUGAGUAUGCAUAUACAUCUACCCUCUCCAUCAGCACAGAGAAUAUCAUUGAUGUUUUAGCUGCUGCCAGCUACAUGCAGAUGUUUACAGUGGCCAACACAUGCUCUGAGUUCAUGAAGUCAAGCAUCCUCUGGAACUCUGAGAACAUAUCACCGGAUAAACCGCAAGAAUCUGCUCCUGAGAGUGCCUCCAACUCUACGCAUACUCCCCUGGAUGGGAGCCUGUCCCCCGUGUCUUCUGAAUGCAGUAUGAUGGAUAGGGCCACCCCUGCGUACCGCGAAUCUCGCCGCAAGCGCAAGAGUUUGAUCAUGAUGUCUCCAGAGGGUCAGGUCAAGACGACAGGCCAAAUAGCUUCACCACAGUUGCCCAUCCCAUCCCCCUCCUUCCCCGAGACCACCGCACAGUCAGUGGAUUCAUCCUUGGCGUUUCCCUGGACCUUCCCAUUUGGUAUUGAUCGACGGUUCCUCUCAGAGAAGCCGAAGCUUCCCGAGAGUCCUCGGUGCUUGGAACAGGCAGGACCCUCUGUUGUGAACAGAAGAUUUACUGAUUUCCUGACCUGUGAAAGUUCCAAAGCACCGUCCUCUCUUUCCGCAGAGGAGGAUGUUCGAGUGAAGGUGGAACGACUGAGCGAUGAGGAAAUACAGGAGGAGGUAGCCCAACCUGUCAGCGCGUCUCAGAGUUGUCUUAGUGAUCCGCAGGCUGUCCCAGGGGGUGAACAGGUCCAGGAGGAGCUUCUCAUCAGCCCACAGUCCUCCUCGAUAGGUUCAAUUGAUGAAGGAGUCAGUGACGGCUUAACAUCAGUUCAGAGUACGUCCAAUACUGGCAGUCAUGCAGAUGAUGAUGAAAGAUUAGAGAACGUUCAGUACCCGUACCAUCUGUAUAUAAGUCCCUCCACCCGACCUGGCACCAAUGGCCCGGACAGACCUUUUCAGUGCCCCACCUGUGGAGUGCGAUUCACCCGCAUCCAGAACCUGAAACAGCACAUGCUUAUCCACUCCGGCAUUAAGCCGUUCCAGUGUGACCGCUGUGGGAAAAAGUUCACACGGGCUUACUCACUAAAGAUGCACCGACUGAAGCAUGAAGGUAAACGCUGUUUCCGGUGCCAGAUCUGUAGUGCCACAUUCACUUCCUUCGGUGAAUAUAAGCAUCACAUGAGGGUGUCCCGCCACAUCAUCCGCAAGCCGCGCAUUUACGAGUGCAAAACAUGCGGCGCCAUGUUUACCAACUCUGGCAAUUUAAUCGUACAUCUGAGGAGUCUGAACCAUGAGGCGUCUGAACUAGCAAACUACUUCCAGAGCAGUGAUUUCCUCAUGCCUGACUACCUGAGCCAAGCACAGGAAGAGACACUGGGACAGUAUGAAUUGGUGGACCACGGCCUGGAGAGCGGCGGUUCCUCCGUUCAAAUGCCAGUCAUCUCCCAGGUCUCCUCAACCCAAAGCUGUGAGACCCUCCCCCUGGGCCCUCCGACGCAAACGGAGGAGGACGGAAUGGAGGAGCCAAAGACAACUACGUGCAGCAGCUCCCAAGAAGGUUCAGAGGAGCGUAGCCCCCAGAGAAAAGAGCCAGCCUCCAUUACGGUGGAAUAGCCUG